AUGACCGAAUUAACGACCGCCUCUAAUGGGACGACGCGCAAGCUCCCCUAUGCUAAUGGCAAGGCGAGCUAUGCUGAGAAGCAUAAGAUUGCCGACCAUUUUAUCGGCGGAAACCGCCUCAAUAAUGCCCCCGCAUCAAAAGUAAAAGACUUCGUGGCCGCAAAUGACGGCCACACCGUUAUCACAAAUGUGCUUAUCGCCAACAACGGUAUCGCUGCCGUAAAGGAGAUUCGCUCGGUGAGGAAAUGGGCAUACGAGACUUUUGGCGAUGAGAGGGCCAUCCAUUUUACGGUCAUGGCUACGCCUGAGGAUCUUCAAGCCAAUGCUGAUUAUAUCCGCAUGGCUGAUCACUACGUGGAAGUUCCCGGCGGAACCAACAAUCACAACUAUGCCAAUGUUGAGCUGAUUGUUGAUAUUGCGGAGCGGAUGAACGUCCACGCUGUGUGGGCUGGAUGGGGCCACGCCUCCGAAAAUCCGAAGCUUCCCGAGUCGCUUGCAGCCUCCCCAAAGAAGAUCGUCUUCAUUGGUCCCCCCGGAUCGGCCAUGCGAUCCCUCGGCGACAAAAUUUCCUCGACCAUUGUUGCUCAGCAUGCCGAAGUCCCCUGUAUUCCCUGGUCCGGAACCGGUGUCAACACGGUCGUUAUCGAUGGUUCGGGAAUUGUGACCGUUCCCGACGACGUUUACAUGCGAGGAUGUGUGAACUCUUGGGAGGAAGGCCUGAAGAAAGCCAAGGAGAUUGGCUUCCCCGUCAUGAUCAAGGCCUCUGAGGGUGGUGGCGGCAAGGGUAUCCGCAAGGCCAUGUCGGAGGAGGGCUUUGAGUCCCUUUACAAGGCUGCGGCCAGCGAAAUCCCGGGGUCCCCCAUCUUCAUUAUGAAGCUCGCCGGUAACGCCAGGCAUCUCGAGGUGCAGCUGCUAGCUGAUCAGUAUGGCAACAACAUCUCUCUGUUUGGCCGCGAUUGCUCCGUUCAGCGACGGCACCAAAAGAUUAUCGAGGAGGCCCCCGUCACCAUCGCCAAGGCCGAAACCUUCAAGGGUAUGGAGGAGGCGGCUGUGCGUCUAGGAAAGCUGGUUGGAUACGUGUCUGCUGGUACUGUUGAGUAUUUGUACUCGCACGCCGAUGACAAGUUUUACUUCCUGGAGCUUAAUCCCCGCCUCCAGGUCGAACAUCCUACGACAGAAAUGGUUAGCGGUGUCAACUUGCCCGCUGCCCAGCUGCAAAUUGCGAUGGGUAUCCCGCUCCACAGAAUUCGUGAUAUUCGACUGCUUUACGGAGUCGAUCCUAAAACGGCGACCGAGAUUGAUUUUGAUUUCAAGAACCCCGAGAGCGAGAAGACCCAGCGUCGACCUCGUCCCAAGGGCCAUACGACGGCGUGCCGUAUCACCUCCGAGGAUCCCGGCGAAGGAUUCAAGCCAUCGAACGGUGUUAUGCAUGACCUGAAUUUCCGCAGUAGCUCAAAUGUGUGGGGCUACUUCUCCGUCUCGCCUCAGAGUAAGAUUCACAGCUUUUCCGACUCGCAGUUUGGUCAUAUUUUCGCCUAUGGCGAGAACCGACAAGCCUCCAGGAAGCACAUGGUUAUCGCAUUGAAGGAACUUAGCAUUCGUGGUGACUUCAGGACUACUGUCGAGUAUCUUAUUAAGCUCCUCGAGACUGAGGCCUUCGAAGAGAACACUAUCACAACUGGGUGGCUGGAUGAGCUUAUCUCCAAGAAGCUGACCGCUGAGCGGCCUGAUUCUAUGCUCGCGGUCGUUUGUGGCGCCAUCACCAAGGCUCAUAUUGCAAGCGAGGCCUGCAUGGCAGAGUACAAGGCCGGUCUGGAGAAGGGUCAGGUACCCUCGAAGGACAUCCUGAAGACGGUGUUCCCCGUUGACUUCAUCUACGAGGGUCAGCGGUACAAGUUUACCGUAACUCGUGCCAGUGUUGAUACCUACCACCUUUUCAUCAAUGGCUCGAAGUGUGCCGUAGGCGUUCGUGCCCUCAGUGACGGUGGUCUUCUCAUCCUUCUUGACGGAAGGUCCCACAACGUCUACUGGAAGGAAGAAGUCGGUGCCACGCGUAUUUCGGUGGACAGCAAGACCUGCUUGCUCGAGCAGGAGAACGACCCUACUCAGCUCCGCACUCCCAGUCCCGGCAAGCUUGUCAAGUAUACAGUCUCCAACGGCCAGCACAUCAAGGCCGGUGAAACAUUCGCCGAGGUUGAGGUCAUGAAGAUGUACAUGCCUCUCAUUGCCCAGGAAGAUGGUGUAGUUCAGCUCAUCAUGCAGCCCGGAGCUACUCUUGAGGCCGGUGAUAUCCUUGGUAUUCUCGCCUUGGAUGACCCUACCCGGGUUAAGCAGGCCAAGCCCUUCGUCGACCGCCUCCCCGAAUACGGUGAGCCUGUCAACGUUGGCCGGAAACCCGCCCAGCGAUUCGCUCUUCUGUACGGUACUACUGAGAACAUCCUCCUCGGUUACGAUAACUCCGCCAUUAUGGCACAGACACUGAGCCAGCUCAUCGAAGUUCUCCGCGAUCCCGAGCUGCCGUACAGUGAAUGGAACGCCCAGUUCGCUGCUCUCCACACCCGUAUGCCUGGCAAGCUUGCGACCCAGUUUUCUCAGAUCGUGGACCGAGCUAAGGCUCGACAUGCCGAGUUCCCAUCAAAGUCUCUUGCUCGUGCCUUCCACAAGUUCACCGACGAGAAUGUGGCACCUGGCGAUGUUCCGCUCCUGAAGUCCAACCUUGAGCCCCUCUUGGAUGUUCUAGAGCUCUACGUGGACGGCCAGAAGGUGAGGGAACUGAACUUGAUCCGGGAGCUGCUGCUCAUGUACUGGGAUGUCGAGCGUCACUUCAUUGGCCAGCGUCAACAGGAGGAUAGUGUCAUCCUGAAGCUGCGUGACCAACACAAGGAAGAGAUUUCCAAGGUCGUUCAGAUUGUUCUUUCUCACAGCCGUGUUGGGCCGAAGAGCUCCUUGAUCCUCGCCAUCCUUGAUGAGUAUCGUCCCAACAGGCCUAACGUCGGUAACGUGGGCAAGUAUCUCCGCGACGUCUUGCGCCAAUUGACUGAGCUCCAAUCCUCUCGUGCCACUUCCAAGGUCUCCCUCAAAGCCCGAGAAAUUAUGAUUCAGUGCUCCAUGCCCUCUUUGGAGGAGAGGACUGCCCAGAUGGAACAUAUUCUUAGAUCGUCAGUUGUCGAGUCGCGAUACGGCGAAACUGGAUGGGACCACCGCGAGCCCAGUCUUGAUGUUAUCAAGGAAGUCGUCGACUCCAAGUACACAGUCUUUGACGUGCUGACCCUCUUCUUCGCCCACGACGACCCUUGGGUGUCGUUGGCUGCUCUUGAGGUCUAUGUCAGACGAGCAUAUCGAGCGUACAUUCUCAAUCAGAUCUCGUACCAUCAUGAUGACAACGGCAGCCCUCUUUUCGUUUCUUGGGACUUCGCUCUUAGGAAGAUCGGCCAAUCCGAGUUUGGGCUUCCUCUUCAGUCUGCCGCGCCAUCGUCCCCGGCCACUCCUAGCGGUGAGUUUAAGCGCAUCCACUCGAUUAGCGACAUGUCGUAUAAGUUGAUCAACAAAUGGGAUGAGGAGCCCAACCGGAAGGGCGUCAUCAUCCCUUGCGCUUACAUCGAUGAUGCCGAGGAGCUUCUGCCAAAGGCUCUUGAGGCGCUCCCAGUUUUUACCAAGCGUAGGCAGCCUGGUCUCAUCUCUGACCUUAAUGGGAAGAGGCGCCCGGCAGCCCUUAAGCACUCUGGUGAUGAUGUGGAGUUGUCGGCUGUCAUUAACGUUGCGGUUCGCGAUGCUGAAAGUGAGAAUGAUAAGGAUAUUCUUAGCCGAAUUCUUCCAAUCAUCGAGCAGGUCAGGGAGGACCUCCUCGCCCGCCGUGUGCGACGAGUCACCUUCAUCUGCGGCCACAACAAUGGCUCCUACCCAGGACACUACACGUUCAGGGGCCCCGACUACGUGGAGGAUGACAGCAUUCGUCAUAGCGAGCCUGCACUGGCCUUCCAGCUCGAGCUUGGACGUCUUGCCAAGUUCCGCAUCAAGCCUGUCUUCACGCAGAACAAGAAUAUCCACGUGUAUGAGGGCAUCGGCAAGACUGUAGAUACGGACAAGCGCUACUUCACGCGUGCUGUGAUUCGACCCGGUCGUCUUCGAGACGAGAUCCCCACUGCCGAGUAUCUGAUCAACGAGGCUGAUGGCGUUAUCAACGACAUUUUCGAUGCCUUGGAGAUUAUUGGCAACAACCACUCCGAUCUCAACCACAUCUUCAUGAACUUCACUCCCAUCUUCCAACUCCACCCUCAGGAAGUCGAGCACAACCUCCAGGGCUUCUUGGAUCGGUUCGGAGUCCGCGCUUGGCGCUUGCGCGUUGCACAGGUGGAAAUCCGUAUCGUCUGCUCUGACUCUGAUGGCAACCCCUUGCCUCUCCGUGUGAUGAUCACUAACACCUCCGGAUACAUUGUCGACGUGGACAUGUACGCUGAGAAGAAGUCGGAGAAGGGUGAUUGGGUAUUCCACAGCAUUGGUGGCACUAAGGAGAAGGGUCCCAUGCAUCUCAUGCCGGUAUCGACUCCUUACCCCACCAAGAAUCAUCUUCAGCCCAAGCGAUAUAAGGCUCAUCUUAUGGGCACUCAGUACGUGUAUGAUUUCCCUGAGCUGUUCAGGCAAGCUAUUCAGAACAGCUGGACGAAGGCUGCCAAGAAGAACCCCAGCCUUGCCUCGCAGCAGCCCAAGCAGGGAGAGUGCAUUGCCUUCUCCGAGCUCGUCCUCGACGACCAGGACAACCUCGAUGAGGUCAACCGUGAGCCCGGUACCAACAGUUGUGGUAUGGUGGGCUGGCUCAUCAGGGCCCGCACCCCCGAGUAUCCGAACGGCCGAAGGUUCAUCGUCGUCGCCAACGAUAUCACCUUCAAGAUCGGCUCGUUCGGGCCCAAGGAAGACAACUUCUUCCAAAAGUGUACCGACCUUGCCAGGAAACUUGGAAUCCCCCGCAUCUAUCUGUCGGCGAACUCUGGUGCUCGUCUCGGUAUUGCGGAGGAGCUCAUCCCACACUUCAAGGUCGCUUGGAAGGAUGCCAAGGCUCCUGAAGGUGGCUUCAAGUACCUCUACCUCGACGAGGCCACCAAAAAGCGAUUCGAGAGCGCCGUUGUCACCGAGGAGGUUACCGAGGAAGGAGAGAAGCGCCAUAAGAUUAUCACUGUUGUCGGUUCCGAGGACGGUCUUGGUGUUGAGUGCUUGCGUGGCUCCGGUCUCAUUGCUGGCGGGACAAGCAGAGCGUAUAAUGACAUCUUUACGGUCACCCUUGUCACCUGCCGUUCAGUUGGUAUUGGUGCGUAUCUUGUCCGCCUUGGCCAGCGUGCGGUCCAGAUUGAAGGCCAGCCCAUCAUUCUUACCGGUGCGCCUGCUUUGAACAACCUGCUGGGUCGUGAAGUCUAUACCUCCAACCUCCAGCUUGGCGGUACUCAGAUCAUGUACAGGAAUGGUGUUUCCCACAUGACUGCUACCGACGACUUUGCAGGUAUCUCCAAGAUCGUUGAAUGGAUGUCGUUCGUCCCCAAGGAGAGGAAUGCCCCUGUUCCCAUCAGCCCUAGCUCGGAUCCUUGGGACCGUGAUGUUGUCUACACGCCGCCCCAGAAGCAGCCUUACGACGUGCGGUGGAUGAUUGCCGGUCGCUAUGAAGAUCCCGAUAACGAGCAGGGCGAGUUCGAGCCCGGCCUGUUCGACAAGGACUCGUUUGUCGAGUCUCUCGGUGGAUGGGCGAAGACUGUGGUUGUCGGCCGUGCUCGUCUCGGCGGUAUCCCUGUUGGUGUAAUUGGAGUUGAGACCCGCUCGGUUGAGAACAUCACGCCUGCUGAUGCCGCAAAUCCCGACUCGAUUGAGCAAGUUACUAUCGAGGCUGGCGGCGUGUGGUACCCCAACUCGGCCUUCAAGACCGCCCAGGCUAUCAAUGACUUUAACCACGGCGAACAGCUUCCUUUGAUGAUUCUUGCCAACUGGCGAGGUUUCUCCGGUGGUCAGCGUGACAUGUACAACGAGGUUCUCAAGUAUGGUUCGUUCAUCGUCGACGCCCUCACUCAGUACAAGCAACCCGUCUUCGUCUAUAUCCCGCCAUUCGGAGAACUUCGUGGCGGAUCUUGGGUUGUCGUUGAUCCCACAAUCAACCCCACAUUCAUGGAGAUGUAUGCUGACAAGGAGGCUCGUGGCGGUGUCCUUGAACCUGAGGGUCUCGUUGGUAUCAAAUACCGCACGCCCAAGCAGCUUGAAACCAUGUCUCGCUUGGAUCCUACUUACGCGGCGCUGAAGAAGCAGCUCGCUGACAACCUCAGCGGGCCCAAGGAUGAGAUCGAAGCCAUUAAGGCUAAGAUGGCUAUUCGCGAGAAGCAGCUGCUACCCAUCUACAGUCAGAUUGCUCUCCAGUUCGCCGAUCUUCACGACCGCGCUGGUCGCAUGAAGGCCAAGGGCGUCAUCCGCGAGGCCCUUGAAUGGAGCGACGCGCGGCGAUUCUUCUACUGGCGCCUCCGCCGUAGACUCAACGAAGAGUACAUCCUGCGCCGCAUGGCGUCGGCCAUUAUCAACCCCUCGCCCGAUCACCACGAUACCAAGAACCGCCAGAUCAGGGAGCGCAAUCUCCGUCUGCUGGCUUCGUGGUCUAGCAUUGAGGACUUCGACAAGAGCGAUCGACGUGUUGCCGAGUGGUACGAGGCUAACAGACGUGCCAUCUCCGACAAGGUUGACAGCCUCAAGUCUGAAAACCUUGCCGCGCAACUGUCGGCGCUCGUCCGGGAUAACAAGGGUGCCGGUCUCCGUGGUCUGCGUGAGGUGUUGAGGACCAUGCCUGUUGAAGAGAGGGAGCAGGCGCUUCAGUUCUUGAAGCAGUAA